GGAUCGUGAAGUGUGAGAAAAGUGUUAGCCGUGUUUGCCAAGUGCUGGUUGACCAGAUUGAAUUCAAUUAGUGUUUUAUAAUUGACGCUGACUGGGGCUUCACGCUGUUGCAUACUGAUGGAAGACAAUCAGUAGUGGGACACAGCUGGAGCAGAGUGAAAAAAUCCCUUCGACUUACAAUUUGUGGAUAGAGUACAGUGUUGUGGGGACGAAGCGCAUGCGUCCGGAUUCGAUCCGAUCCUGAAAUAGAUUCAUUCAUUUCGCACUACUCCGUGCUGGUAGUGGCAGUCUGAGGGGUGAAUUUCGUGUUUUCCUGUCGUGAAAGCAGUGCAUGCGGAUUCUGGUCGUAGGUGGUUGCAAAAAUGCCGAAAUCGGAAGAUGACAUUGAUCUUGACGGGGUUCUAAAUGAAAUUGGUCAAUUUGGACGAUUUCAAAUCCGACAGUAUGGGCUGAUGGUGAUUCCCAUAAUUCUGAAUGCGUUCUUCACGUUGAGUUACGUUUUUACAGCGGGAAAUUUGAACUACAGAUGUGAGGUACCAGGAUGCGAUAAUGGGCCGAAUUCGGUUUACCACCCGGAAUGGUUGAACAAUACAGUUCCAUUCAGACAUGGAAUCCCAGCACAAUGUGAACGGUUUCAGCCGAUAACCAACGCGAGCUUAGAUAACCUCUUGUGCGACGCUGAUGAUUUCGAUCAGAAGAACAUCAUCGAAUGCGGCAGCUUUAUCUUCGAAGAUGACGAAGUAACAAUUGUGAACGACUUCAACAUCACUUGCCCCAACAAUGAUUGGAAGCUAACGCUCGUGGGGACUAUCAAUAAUGUGGGGCAGUUUGUGGCGCUGCCGAUCGCUGGAUACAUAUCAGAUCGUUUCGGAAGACGUUUGGUGCUUCUUCUGAGCGUGGCCGGCAGUGCCAUUUUCGGUGUAAUACGAUCGUUUGCGGCGAGUUAUGAAAUGUUCAUCGCCCUGGAGUUCCUUGAUCCCUUGAUUGGUUCUACGAUGUACACAACGGCUUUCGUUUUGGCCUUGGAACUGGUUGGCCCUAAAAUGCGAGUCACCGGCAACAACAUCAUAUCAUGUGCAUUCUCGUUUGCUGAAGCCGGGCUAGGGCUGUUAGCUAUGCUACUACGCAACUGGAGAUAUUUGCUCAGAGCACUUUACAUACCUGGCAUCGUAUCACUACCAUUCCUAUGGAUGACUACAGAAAGUGUACGAUGGUUGCUCUCCAAGGGUCAACGAGAAAAAGCAUUCGAUGUUCUUAAAAGGGCAGCAAAAAUGAACGGCAAAACUCUGUCACCGGCUGCGAUAGACAGCUUCUGCCCGGUGAGCGAUAACGAAUCAAGGUCCGAGAUGCUGGAAAACAACAACUUCUUCAAUUUGCUGACGAACGCGUUCAAGAAUCGCCGCCUGAUACUCCGAGUAGCAAAUUGUUCAUUCUGCUGGCUAACCAACGUGCUCGUCUAUUUCGGGCUAAGUCUGAACUCCGUCACUUUGGCAGGCGACAAGUAUCUGAACUUCAUCUUGGUUUCACUGGUUGAGCUACCAGGGUUUCUGAUUAUGCAAUUGAUCCUGGACCGAGUGGGUCGACGAGUGACACUUUGCACCACCAUGAUACUCUGUGGACUGUUUUGCUUCCUAUCAGAGUUUAUACCAACAGGGAAUCACUGGCUCAGCCUUAUUCUAUUCCUGGUCAGCAAGAUGGCCAUAACCAUGUCAUUUGGAACUCUCUACAUUUACACGGUGGAAAUCUUCCCAACCAACCUUCGACAAAGCCUUCUCUCGGUAUGCUCAAUGUUCGGUCGAAUCGGUUCUAUGGUAGCACCACAAACACCCCUUCUGGCCAAAAUCUGGGCCCCACUACCGAUGGUCAUUUUCGGUAGCAUCGGUAUUGCAUCCGGUCUGGCAAUUCUAGAAUUUCCGGAGACCCUCAACACCCAACUACCGAAUACGGUGGAGGAAGCGAUGAACAUGAACACCGACGAAGGAAACAAGGGCAGGGAGCGACUUGCAUAACAGAAGCAUGACAAUAUAAACGACGACCUGUUUAGUAAGUACAAAACGCGAAAUGAAAAUUUUAUGACAUUUUUGGAGAAA